UUUAAUUGUUUCUUCCUAACUAAUUUAUUUAGUAUUUGAUAAUUUUCACUUUUCUCGUAUAUUUUAUUAAAAUUGAUAUUAGCAUCGAUUGUAUUAUGAUAAAAACCAUUCCACCUGUCAAAUCGGUCCACCGGGCCAGCACCAACCAGAAGAAGUUGGAUUCCAAACAAUGCCUAGUAGACAAAGUGUCUUACUUCGGGGCAGACGCAGUCGGAUCCAAUGCAGUCAAAAGCGCGAUUCUACCUAGAAGCGGAAAAUGGGUAAAAUAGUAAAGCGUAGAAUCAAAGCGUAAAAGCGUAAGUUUUUUACGCAUACUGAAAAAUAAAUAAAAUUCUAUUAAGUUGGACAUAUGUUAUGCAAAAUAUGAAUGCAUGGAAUUUAGAUAAGUUAAUAAAUGCUUGCUAUUCAUGCCUAAAGUAGAACAACUUAUAGCAUCUUAAUAAUAAGUACGUAAACUUAAAUUUUAACAAUAAGCCACUUAUCUCUCUAUGCUAAUGAAUUUGGGAAAAGUCUAGCUGGUGAAUUAGAUUACUCUAUUGGAGUGGAGAAUGCAUCAAAGUACCUGAUGUAUAUCUUUUAAUCUCAAAUGUAUGAUAUGUUGGUGAUUUACUUUUAAAAUAUACUUUUUAUAAUUAAUUUCAUGAAAAUAAUACUCAUUUAGUGAACUAAAAGUCUAAAAGCGUAAAAACAUAAAGCGUUUUGAUGAACUAGAAGCGUAAAACCGUAAGCUUUUAAGCUUUAAAGCGCAAUUUAGUCCGAUUUCAUACACUUAAGUUUUUAUAUGGAAACGAAAGCGUUUUGUUGACCUAAAAACGUAAAAUCGUAAGUUUUUAAGUUUUAAAGCACAAUUUUGACUGCAUUGGUCGGAUCCUAGUCAACCCGCCAAGAAACCCUACCGUCCAAACAGCUCAUUUCGCGGCAUUUUUGCUUCUUACCGAUUCAUCGGAGAAGAAAGCGGCAAAGCACAGACAAUACAAAGCAAGCAUCAGUCUCCCAACCGUCGGCGGCUUCAUCGUGCCAUAAAUACAUUCUCAGUUUCCACGGGUCUGGAAACCCGGUCCACCUGUUUAAUCCCGUCACCGAUUUUGGGAGGGAAUCGCGUUUCAAAAACUGGAGUUUCGCCGGCACUUCUCCAGUGCCAAAAACAACACUUCCACAUUCCGGCGGCGGCGCUGUCGGUCUCAGCUUCGAAAAGUAUCAGUAGCGGAAGUCUGAAAUUCGGAAAUGGCGGCGGCUGGUGCGUUUGGAGUGACGCCGCACAAAGUCGCGGUCUGCGUUCUGCUCCAGAUGUACUCACCGCCGGCUCAGGCCGAGCCUCUUUUCUCGGUGUCGCAGCACAAUCACCUUGGCCUCUACUUGUUAGCUAUCACUAAGUCCCACGGCGAUUUUCUGGAGCCGAAACUGGCCGAUCUUCUGACUCAAUUGAAGGACAUUAGCGGUUCCUUGGGUGAUUGGUUGAUUGAACAUUUAACGAGUAGGCUCUCAUCUCUGUCUUCACCGGAUGAUUUGGCCGUUCUCUUCAGUGAAUUUCGAGGGAUACUUGGGGGAACUGAAUCUGCUGUUAUUGAAGAUAAUCAAGUUGUUUUGGACCCAAACAGCUACCUCGGGAUGUUUGUGCGUCGUUGUGUACUUGCUUUUAACCUCUUAUCGUUCGAGGGCGUCUGCCACCUUUUGACAAAUAUAGGAAAUUACUGCAAAGAAGCCCUCUCAAGUUGCCUCCCCUAUCAGUUGCAUGGUUUAGAUGAUUCUGUUAAUGACUUGGAGACACCAUCGGCAUACGAGAACAUGGACUUGGAAAAUUUUGUCUUUCAGAAAGUAACAGAAGAAAUUGUAGCAAACAAGCAGGCCAGUCAACGGAACUCUUUUCACCUGCAUACAUCCAAAGCACUUUCUGGACUGGUUGAAGAUGUUGAGAUUGUUGCUGGUUCACUAUACAAUCGCGCUGGCAAUAGUGGAGAAACAUGUUUUAGCUCAGAUACCAUCGCAAGUGGAACAAGAGGUGCUGAUACUUCUGGGAACAUGUUCCUGAGAACAACAAGCCAACUGCAAGGCUUCUUCAUGGAACAGGCAGAUGCAAUUGAGAAGCAUGGUUGUUCGUUCCCAUUAAAUGGCUUUGAAGUUAUCUUAAACCGCAUUAAAAAUUUGGCUCCUGAGCUACACCGUGUGCACUUCUUACAUUACUUGACUUGCCUUUAUCAUGAUGAUUAUUUUGGUGCUCUGGAGAACCUCCGACGCUUUUUUGAUUACAGUGUAGGAAUUGGUGGAUUUGAUAUCACACCUGUACCAUCACGAUCCAAAGGAUUUGAGAGAUACGAGACAGGACUGUUGUGUUUGGGAAUGCUGCAGUUCCACUUUGGGCAUCCAAAACAAGCUUUGGAGGUUCUUACUGAAGCAGUCCGUGUUUCUCAACAGCAAAGUAAUGAUAGUUGUCUUGCAUACACUUUGGCCACUAUCUGCACCUUAUCUUCUGAAAUGGGUAGCUCCAGUACCAGUGGGCUACUUGGAACAUCAUAUUCACAUACAGCUACCAUUGGCACAUCAUUGUAUUUCAAGCAACAAUUAUUUGUUCUCUUGAGAGAGGCUCUUAAAAGAGCGGAAAGUUUGAGCUUGAAAAGGCUGAUCGCUUCUAAUCAUCUGGCAAUGGCAAAGUUUGACUUAAUGAAUGUUCAACGACCCCUACUAUCAUUUGGUCCCAAAGCAUCCAUAAAGCUUCGAACAUGUCCAAUCACGGUUUGUAAGGAAUUGAGAUCAUGCUUGCAUUUGGUUAGUGAAUAUGCCUCUGAAAGCCCUACAAUGACAAUUGAAGGUUCUUCAUACUUGGUUCGUGCGACAGCUUGGGAGAUAUAUGGAAGUGCCACCCUUGCUCGAGUGAACUCGUUGGUUUUUGCAACAUGUUAUCUUGAUGCUUCAAGUUUGUCAGAUGCAGCAUUGGUGCAUGCAAAGCUGAUCCAGCACUUAGCAACGUUUCAAGGAUAUAGAGAUGCUUUCUCUGCUCUCAAAGUAGCCGAGGAGAAGUUCUUAUCCAUCUCAAGGCCAGUAAUUUUGCUUCUUAAACUGCAGCUGCUCCAUGAACGUGCUUUGCAUAGAGGAAAUCUGAAGCUAGCAUUACAACUGUGCAAUGAGCUUGGAGUAUUAGCAUCACCUUUCAACGGUGUUGAUAAUCAGCUGAAAAUUGAAGCAAGUAUGCGCCAUGCACGGACAUUGCUUGCGGCCAAACAGUAUAGACAGGCAUCAGAAGUUGCUCAGUCUAUCUUCUGCUUGUGCUACCAAUUCAACAUGCAGGUGGAGAAUGCUAGUGUUCUUCUUCUGCUAGCGGAGAUUCACAAGAAAUCAGGAAAUGCUGUUUUAGGCCUUCCAUAUGCACUUGCAAGCCUCUCAUUUUGUCAGUCAUUUAACUUGGAUCUCCUAGAAGCAUCAGCCAAAGUAACAUUGGCAGAGUUGUGGCUGUCACUGGGAACAAACCAUGCAAAAAGGGCUUUAACUCUGCUACACGGAGCCUUUCCAAUGGUCCUAGGUCAUGGCGGCCUGGAGCUCCGUGCUAGGGCUCGCCUUAUCGAAGCACAAUGCUAUUUAUGUGACCCAAGCUAUUCAGUGGUCGAGGAGUCUGAGAUCGUGCUGGAUGCUCUGAAGCAGGCUUCCGAUGAAUUUGAAUUCUUGGAGUACCACGAAAUGGCAGCGGAAGCUUUCUACUUGAUGGCGCUGGUUUACGACAAACUGGGACAGCCGGACGAAAGAGAAGAAGCUUCAGAUUCAUUCAAGAAACACAUACUGGCUCUUGAGAAUCCUCACGAGGAAGAAGAAAAAGAAGAUGAUGAACCGGUAUUGGCAAUGCUUGUAGAGUAGAGAAAAAACCAACUGUUAGAAG